CUUCUGCUUCGGAGAGUCCUCAGAUUUCCGACAGCCCUUGAAAGCGCCAUAGACCACAUCCACACCAGGACCGAACCGAAGGACGGUGCGGCACCGGGAGCGGACACACAGCAGCGGGACCAGAUAGGACGCCGAUUACAUUGAAUAGACGAUGGAAGAGGGGAGGAGUCGAGUCGUCCUGACCGUCGUCUUCUUCCUCGCUGUUUGCUCGUGCUGCGACGGCGAUGGAUUGGACUGUGGCUCAGAGGCGACCGCUGUGGUGCAUUCGCUGUCAGCUGUGGUGGAUGCACAGAAGGCGGAGCAGAGCCAGCGGCGCCACCUGGAGGUGCUGUUCAACAAAUAUGGAGAGAACGGCACCAUCUCUCUGAACGGACUGAAGCGUCUCCUCCAGAAUGUGGGUCUGGAUCGGAUCAGGACCAUCACAGUGCAGCAUCACGAGCAGCCGGGCCACCACCACCACCACCAUCACCAUCAUCAUCAUCAUCACCACCAGCACCAACAGGAUGGCCACCGCCAUCACCAUGGAGACAAUCAGCACAACGAGAACGACAGAAAGAUGGCAGCAAUGGUGGAGGUCGGGACCAUGGAGACAUAUGGCGCCCAGCAGGAGGCGGGACCAGCAGCGAAGGCGACGACCCCCGAGAAGCUGGUCACGGAAACUCAAACGGAAGCUGCCGUCACCCGGGGAGAUGACCACGACCAUGACCAUGACCAUGACCACGACCAUGACCACACCCACGACCAUGACCAUGACCACACCCAUGACCACACCCACGACCAUGACCACACCCACGAUCAUGACCACAACCGUGACCACACCCAUGACCGUGACCACACCCAUGACCACGGUCAUGACCAAGACCGGAGCCUGGAUCCUGUAGAGUGCCUGAACGCCUCCAGAGUCCUCACCUCACACGGGAUGUCUGAGGAAGGGGGUGUGGCCCUCAGUGACUUUAGCUACCUCUGCCCCGCCCUCCUCAGCCAGAUCGACCGCGGGGCCUGCAUCAUGCAUGGUGAUGCCCCCUUGACAGACCGUGGAUAUCACAAACAUCACCAUGGCGACCACAACCACUCAGACCACGCCCGCAGUGAGCGAUCAGGUGGAGACGGGGGCAAAAACAUCACAAUAGCCUGGGUUGGCGGUUUCACCUCCAUCACCAUCAUCAGCCUCCUGUCGCUGCUGGGCGUCGUCCUCAUCCCGCUCAUGAACAAGGUGUUCUUCAGCUUCCUGCUCAGCUUCCUGGUGGCACUGGCGGUCGGAACGCUGAGCGGCGACGCCUUCCUCCAUCUCAUCCCCCACUCUCAGGGAGGACACCACCACCACCACGACGAGCCUGGGGCGAGUCCACACAGAGACCACGACCAGGACCUGGACGGCGUGUGGAAGGGUCUGACCGCUCUGAGCGGAGUCUACUUCAUGUUCCUCAUUGAACACUUCCUGACGCUUGGGAAAAUGUACAAAGACAAGAAACAGAAGAUCCAGAAGAAAUGGGAUCAGAACGACAAAGCGGAUCCGGAGAAACAGCCGGCACUGGAGGAGAAUGACCUGAAGCCACCUGAAGACGUGGAGACGAACGGCGCCGGGACCUUUGCCGACCAUCCCGGAGGUCUCCACGGUGACGACGUGGCAGAAGAGGAGCAGGUGAUGCUUGCCCCGCAGGUGUCGGUGGUGUCUCCGCAGGGCUACGGCCGGUCCACGGGCGCCGCCGCCUACACGGACGAGGACUGUGAGAACAAGUGCCACUCCCACUUCCACGACACGGUGGGCCAGGCUGACCACAUGCACCACCACCACCACGACUACCAUCACAUCCUGCACCACCACCACUCCCAGAACCACCACCCACACUCCCACUCCCACUCGUACUCGGAGCAGCACUUCCAGCAGGCGGGCGUGGCCACGCUGGCCUGGAUGGUCAUCAUGGGAGACGGACUGCACAACUUCAGCGACGGCCUCGCCAUCGGUGCUGCAUUCACUGAAGGCCUGUCCAGCGGCCUCAGUACGUCCGUCGCAGUCUUCUGUCACGAGCUUCCUCAUGAACUGGGUGAUUUUGCGGUGCUCCUGAAGGCCGGUAUGACGGUGCGCCAGGCCAUCCUGUACAACGUGCUGUCGGCCAUGAUGGCGUACCUGGGCAUGGUGACGGGCAUCCUGAUCGGACACUACGCUGACAACAUCUGCAUGUGGAUCUUUGCCCUCACGGCCGGACUCUUCAUGUACGUGGCCCUGGUGGACAUGGUGCCGGAGAUGCUGCACAAUGACGCCGGCGACCACGGCUUCAGCCACUGGGGGUUCUUCCUGUUGCAGAACGCCGGCAUCCUGCUUGGCUUCUGCAUCAUGCUGCUCAUUGCCAUUUUCGAGCACAAGAUCCAGCUGGACCUGGGCUACUGAGGCGGUGGGCCGGCCUCCGCCCGCCACCGCCGCCCUCUCAUGGUUGGUAUCUGGAGCUCAGUUUCUGUUCCAUUUUCACUUUGUUUGGAAGCUGAAGCAAGCGGCUGAGAACAGGUGAGGCGGAACCUGAAGGCUUUGACUCAUUUGACUUUUCUCAGUUUCAUUUGCACCAUCGGAGCUGAGGUGUCGGACCAACGAUCAGUCCGAAAGCUCCUAUUUCCCACAAAUCUAAAAACACCCAAAGCCAGCAUUGCAAAACUCUCACCUUAGAUUUUUUUUGCCACAACAUUAAGUGCGUUUUUGUUAAUUUUUUUAAUGAAUCUGCUGAGUUUUUAGUGUCAAACUCCAUCAGUGUUCAGUUGAUGUCUACAACGUGCCAGGAAACAGCCGCAGUUUGGCCUUUUCUUUUUUUUUUUUGUUCAGGAUGGAAUUUUUCAGUCUUUAAAACCAAUCCGUCCGUCAUCUUCAUGAAGGAAAUGCAUUUUAGUUCAUAUCUGAGUUCACUGUGGAGGCAGAGCUGCUAAAUUAACAGAGAAAAAAAGAAAAUGUUAAAAAAGAAAUGACCCAUUUUGUGGCCUGGUCUGAUUCCAUCGGGUCAGGAAAGGAUCCAACUGUCACAUAUGAGAAGCUGCGAUUCGGUGGAAUUUUGGGAUUUGCUGUUUGUUAGUGAUUAAUUCUAACUUAAAAAUCAUUUAUUUAUUAAGACGUUAAAACCGUAGAAACACUUGUCUCGGUCACAUCAAACAAUAAAAGGGGAAAACUGAAUUACAGACGUGAAAAAGGUGAAACUCAGCAGACACAUCGGUUGUUUUAUCUGUUUUAUGAAUGUAUUUGUUCGUAUUUAAUGGAUCUACAUGUGGCAGCUCAACACACAAAGUGUCCAGACAAAACUUCUGUUACAGUAUUUUCAGCCGAAACUAUUCAUGAGUUCAACUUUUAAUGGAUUUUUUUUGUUUGUUUGUUUGUUUUUCAGUCAUUGUAUGUUUUUUAAGAAACUGCUCAGACAUUUAGGUCAAAUAACUGCGUUGCUUUGCCAGGAAAAAAAAAAAAGUGUUAAAAAGCCUGGAAGAUGAAGCCCACCGUGUAGAAUAGAUGUAAAGUCUGAUCCUGUCAAUGUGUAUUUAUGUCAGUGUUUCAGUCGUCGGUCACUGUGAUGUCUGUCAACCAACACAAACCCCAGAAAAGGAGAAAAAUAUUUGAACCCUGAAAAAAGGAGGAGUUUGUUCUUGUUUUUGUGUAAAGCAGAAUAAAUAUGUUUAUGAAGGAAACGGACGCAGGUGGAUAAAACUAUAAAAACCCGUUGGUCGUCAGUUCUGCAGCUUUAUUUUAUACCAUCCAAGUCUUGACUUUUCCUUUAAAUACUCCGAUUUAUUGAUCAUUUUUGCAAAUGUUUGCUUGUAGCGGAUCAUUUCGCUGGUUUUUGGCUGCAGUUUUUCUUUAAUGUAAAAUAUCCAGUAAAAAAGAAAGAAAUCAGGCCUUUUCUAAACACGUUGUGAAUCAAACUUAACUGUUUUUCCUGCAGUUGCUGAUUAUUAAUCUGCCCGUCAUUGUGUUGAUUAAUUGAUUGAUUUGAAGUUGAAAAACUUUCAAGACGGUGUUAAAGAUUUUCACUUAACUGUCAGAGGGCGAAACAAAACCAACACUAUUCAUUAAGAAAGAACUA